AUGUGGAGUGGAUUCCGCUGCAUCACAAACUACAAAGGGAAAAACUGGAGCACUGUUCAACCUAACGCAUCACUCCCGGACACCAUUAACACCAUUUACGCCCGGUUCGAUGCAGACAACACAGAGCCCACCAUGAGUCCACAGGUGUGCAGGGGGACUACCACACUGACCCUACAAACAGCAGACGUGAGGCGGUCCUUCAAAAAGGUCAAUGACCGCAAAGCUCCAGGGCCGGGUGGUAUUCCAGGGCGGGCUCUCAGGGAGUGCGCUGAGCAACUGGCAGAGGUGUUCAUCAACAUCUUCAAUCUCUCCCUGAGUCAGUCUGUGGUUCCCACUCCCUUCAAAGCAUCCAUCAUUGUUCCUGUUCCAAAGAAACCAUUAACCUCCUGUUUAAAUGACUACCGUCCUGUAGGACUGACAUCAGUCAUCAUGAAGUGCUUUGAGCGACUCGUCAAAACUCACAUGUGCUCCUCUCUCCCUGACACCUUGGACCCUCUUCAGCUUGCAUAUAGACCAAACAGGGCCACGGAAGAUGCCAUCGCCAUGACAACACACACUGCGCUCACCAACCUGGACAAAGGGAACUACAUAUGCGCCUCCGCUCCGCUCCGCCCCGCCCCCAGUGGUCACAGGCCCCGCAGCAGUGCGGGCGGUGGCGCCGCCGGCCGGAGAGUGGCUGCGGCCGUUUAUCAUGGAAGAUCGGAUGGAGAGCAGCAGAAAGAUAAAGCAGAACCCAAGCACAUCCUCAAUGGAAGAAAAAAGAAGAGACACAGCAAGAUAGCCAAAAUAAAAGCAGAAAAAUACUCAAAUCUGAGCAGAACUGGCAGCAUCUCAGGAAAAGAUAAAAGAAAAAGGAAACGGAGUAGAAGUAGAUCUUCUUCUGUGACUUCAACAACUUCUUCGUCAUCCUCAUCAUCGAAUUCAUCAUCAAGUUUGUCAUCAUCCUCAUCGUCUUCAAAAAGCCGAAACAGAUCAAGCAGUAGAGAAUCACAGAAAAAAUCAAAAAUUAAAAAAAAGAAGAAAGAAAAACAGCAUAAAAAGAGAGGCAAAAAGGAGAAAAAGAAAAAGCAAAAGAAGAAAAAGAAUGCAUCUUCGGGGCCUGUUCAGAUUUCUAAGUUUCUGAAAGACCGUGACAAAAAUGAUAAAUAUAGCACGAUUACAGGAAAGAAAAUAAAAAUGAAAGUUAAAAAGACCAAAGGUGAUAAACAGCGAGACAGAAAUCGAGCCGAACUCCUUCAAUUCUUGAACUCUGCUAUGUAGAGAAGAUGUGCAUCACUGGGAAAUCUAAACCAUGAAGGGAAGGCUCUAAACAGCAUGGUCUUUGUCGGUGAAGGCUUUUGUGUCUGGUUGCACAGCUCAGGGAAAACCCCUUCAGAAUCGAAUGGAGGAGAUUUUUCUAUUCCAGCCAUGAAGGUUUAAAUCUGACAAUGAUUUUGAAAAACUUAACAUAAAACAACCUAAACAAGACUGGUAUCCUUCAGGAUAUUUCUCAACCUAUUACCAAAGUAGCCAUUUGGAAAAAUAAUUCUUAAGAGCUCGGAUUGUUACGUUGCUUGGAAAAUUGCCUUGUUGGACAGAAUUUCGUAUUUGGGCAAUGUUUACAACAUUUUAUACAUUCCAAGUUUCUGAGAAAAUGCAAGGCACAUUAAUUUUAAUAAAAAAUUCAAUGAUAGAGGCAUAGGAUAUUGUUUCUUAAAUGAUAACUAUCCUAUAAGGCUUAAAUAUUGUAUUGAACUAUCUUGUCGGAUCCUUAAGAAUAGAAUACUUGCACUCGUAAUUUGAGAAUUGUCGGCAUAAAAUAAGAUUAUGGAAGUGAAUAUAUCAUUGUCACCCAGUUGGACAGAAACACACUGCACUUGGCCCCCACAGAGGUAUUUUAAGUUAGACUCCUGCACUGAAUGUAUUUUGAUUAUUUGAAAACUAUGCGGUGAAAAAACAAAGGAGGAAUUAACUAUCAUGUGGACGAUCGUGCAUAAGAGAAUAAUAGUAUGUAAAUCUGGAUAGAACCCACAAAUUAAUUCCUUAGACUUGUGCAUCUCUCAUGCUUCAUUGAUUUAUGUAUGUACUCAUCAGAAAUGUUCCUGAUUAUGAUUUGAAAUUUGGUUUUACUUUUCCAUUAAUUAUAUAAUGUUCAGGUAGCUCACAUGUCAGUUGCUGUUAUGAGGUUGAUGACAUCAUGUACUGAUGGAAAUCUAUAUGCCUACAUAAAAACAAAAGUUGAAAACUGCU